UCUGCGCAUUGUGCUCGCAGCCGUCUUCGCGCAGUCCGAAAUAUCAAGAUGGGAAAUUCGGGAAGCGCUCACAACAUUAGCAGCGGGAGAUCAGGCAUCGAUCGCAGCUCGCAAUUUCAUCAAUCACAUUUCAAACACCUCAGCCAACAAAAUGCUCAUCAUCAUCAAUUUAGCCGCACUUCAAAUUUUCGAACUAGCCCCAUUAAUCAGCCGCAGCAGCGUAAUUUGAAUCCUCAUUGGCGUCGAUCAUAUCAGCCACCUGGCGUCGAAAGGGGUGAAGCAAAGGCACAGACGGAAAUACCGUUUAAAGUGUUACCAGAGCUGGAGAAAAAGUUGCACUUGCGUGCAACGACAAAUGGCGCGAUAUUGAAUUCGGGCGGCACGAUUAGUGGGCGAAAGCCAAAUGAAAGCAUUCCAAAUAAUAAUGCCCUUAGUCAGAGAUCCAAAACGUUUAUCAUAGAAACGCGAAAAGAUGGCAGCGAUAGCAAUCGAAAUGUAAAUCAUGAUUUACAUACGGAAUUCACACGCUCCCAAACUUUGUUGUAUCACAAAGCCAAGCUGCGGGACUCGCAAACGAAUCUCUCACGCAUGCAGCGUCACACGUUCUCUGAGCCGGAGCUCAUAAAUAAACUCAAUCAACAGCAACAGCAGCAGCAGCAACAACAACAGACCAAGAAUGCGCUGGAUGCAUCAACUAGACCAACAACCAGCAAUCGCAACAAGUAUUCCAAAAAGCGUAGAGCUCCCGAAGCACCCGCAGUUGCUGUAAAUAAUACAACAGCUGCUCCCACAGUUAAAAAUAAUGCGGAGAUUUUACGGCUUAAACCGGAUCAUGUGAAUGGGAAACCAACAUCUCACUUUGCCAAGAAUACGGAUCGCCAAAUGAAGCUAACUAAGCCACCAUUAAAGCCUGUGCAGAGUCACCAAAGUGAUGCCUUUAAAAGGGGCAAUGAAAAGCGCAAUUCUUUAAGUGGCAAUCAUCCCCAAAGUCCUGCGAUUGAGCGACCUCCUUAUGUUUAUCGGCGAGAGAAAAGCUCCGACGCCAUUAUGUUGAAAAGUCGUAAAUCGGAAAAUCUUGAAAAUACUACUACUAUUAAAAUCCCCGUGAAAAUGGAGCAGCAUAUGCCAAAGGAGCCGCAGGAGGAAGUAAUUGCGACCAAGGCCCCACAACAACAACGAACGUUUUACUUUGGCAUGGAAAUGGUGGGAGGCUCCUCAGAAGUCACAAAGACACUCAGUGUUGAUGAAAAUCUUGGAAACGAGGAAGUUUCGCUGCCCACGCUAUGCAACUAUGAUAUGGAAUAUAAAAAUACAAGUAGUCCCGAGGAGAGCAUGAACGAUAAUGGUUUACUUGUUCACAUACGUCCAACGCUGCCGCGUCGACAAGCCGAGACACCGUCGUUUAGUCCCAUGUUAGCUUGGCGUUCACUCAUGGAGGAGCUGGAUCGUGUCGAGAGCUCGCAGAUGAAAGAGAAUCUCAAUAUUUGGGCAGCGAAUGCUAAUAAUGAGCGACCCAUACAACCAAAUCGUAGUAAUACACAAAAUCGUAAGUUGCCCCGAGCACAGCAAAUGAAUACAACAUGGACACCUGAACAGGAUCUAGGCGAUGAUAACGAUGAUCGCGUCAAGGGACUCAAUUCGGAUGAUGACACCAGCUCCGAUGAAUACCGCUCCAAAUGGGAGGGCGACAAUUUGUUGUUUUACGGCAGCAAAAUGAAAAAACCAGGCCAAAUACCAAUGGCACCAAUUCACACGUUCAGUCUAUCGUUGCCCAGGGACUCGCACCUGCAGCAUAAUCGAGGAUUGGAUGCUGGUGAUUUGUGCAUAUACAAGAGUCUGCAGAAGUCAAAGCCUGAUGAUUAUAUCAAUAAUAAUGGCAGUGCGAGAAAAUCCACAACUCAAUUAAAACACGAUCAGGCCGAGGGUUGCAAUAAUUGGCUGCUACAUAAGAAUAUGGGCGUGGGCGUUGAGCAACAUACAAAGAGUCUGGAGUAUGGCAAUAAAAAGCAAAGAAUGGUAAACAUUGAGCCCCAAUCAAUUAAAUUUCUAACUGGCGGAAAACAUGUCAUGUACUUGCCCGGCAACAAUGAAUCAACAAAUGCUACAAAAACUGUGCCAGCAGCAGCCACUGCAACAGUUGAAGAAGCGAAACCCAAAUCAAAUCGCCAUUUCAAAAGCAGACAGCGACACAUUCCCCAAAGCUUACAGGAUAAAACACCCAUAUUUCCAACAAUGGAACAGCAGAGCUUUAAAUUGGAUGAUGAGAAGCCACUGCAUCAACGUUUCUCAUUCAACAAUCCCGUGCGACUCUUGGAGAAAAAGUUGCAUACGGAGAAAUCGGUUAAAGCCGCUAAAACGAAACUUUCAUUGGAGGGCGAGCUUGAAGCUUUAAAAAAGGUCGAGGAAGACUUUCAGCGAAACCGUGCUAAUGAAAAGGAGAAUAUACAGCAUCAAUUGCGACUACAUUUUGGCAAUGAUGAUGAACAUUUCGAGCAAUAUCAUAGCUUACCUGUAGCGCCUGUGCUUGAACGAUUUUCAGCCAUCAAUUUAAAUGAUUCGAAUCAUAAGUUAAAUGGGCGUCAUGAUCCCGAGGGUUGUGUUUCCAAUGUGCCCUAUGCCGCAAAUGAAAGUGAGGAGCACAACAAUAACAACAUAACCUUUGCUACAAAAAUAUUUAGUUAAGUUUAGCUUAGUUUGUACCUGUAAAUAAUGAAAUAGCUUCAAGCUUAAUUCAAUAUUCCAUGUCUUACCUGGUGCUCUUCAAAAGAUUGCCUUCAAAAACUCUGUGCGACCGCAAAGUUUAUUGUUAAGGAAAUAUGUAGAAUUGUUUAGUCGUCAAUAAAAUUAGUUGCAUUUGCCGUUGAAAAUAA